UCGCAUAUUACAUAAUCUGAAGCUAGUCAGCUUCAUUGAACUAUAAAUAGCAGCGGCCUUGAUCUUCCGUCCCUCACCUACGAUCGAUAUCGUCUAACCUUCACUUUGGUCUUGCUCUGUCUAUACGAAAUAGCAGGCCGUUCGGACACUUAAUACUCGUGCUAUUAAAACUGUUUUACACAAUGGUUUAACGCGUUAAAUGUGUUAUCGAAUGUACGUUUAUUGUAAAGGAAAUUGAUUUACGCAACCGGAUUAAGACAAAACUCAAAAUGGCAUGUUAACUUAAAUUUACGGUUUAUAGUAAACAAACACAUGUGCGGCAGAUUUUUUGGGAAUAUUUCACACGUGUUGAUGUGACAGUACCUUUUGUUUUUGUGUGUUUGUGUGUUUUAAAGAUUUAUUUAUUCGUUUGCCAUUCCAAAACGGAUACAGAAUGUCGGACACGACACCAUUAAAGGAGAAGUCGCCGGCUAACGGAAUGAACGAGGUGCCGGAGGCGAAGGUUGAAUCGCCGAAAACAGCUGCCCGCAUCGCCGCCCGCCGGGCCGCCCAGAUGAGGCGGCAGCAGAGCACGGAGGGCCAGACGCGGACCUUAAGCGGUGAUGGCAGUCUCAACCGGCAGUUCUCAUUCAAUCAGUCGAACUCGCUCGGGCGGCGGCCGAGUCUGAGUUUCAGCCACGCGGACUCGAUCCCGUUCGGACUCGACAAACCGACAGCGGAGGAAAUGAAUGUCGAUGAAGUUCCGUGGUGGACCUCCCGUCGUCUGCUGCUAUCGUUCAUCUGCUUCAUCGGCUUCUUCUUCCUCUACUCGAUGCGCGUGAACCUGAGCACGGCGAUCGUCUGCAUGAACAAGGAUACCGAGGCGCAUCACGGCACCGGAAACGUCACCGGCAACGUCACCGGCAACAGCAGCGUCAACUAUAGUACCGGCUUGGAAAACGUGACCGUUCUCGUAUCGACGACGACGGCGGUCGACCCAAAUAACGAAUGCGUUUUAGCGAAGUCUACAGGCAACUUGGUCGCCGAGUUUUCGUGGGAUAAGCAGCAAAAGGGUCUGAUCCUAGGAGCGUUCUUUUGGGGCUACACCGUCAUGCAGAUUCCUUCCGGUUACCUCAGUGACAGGUUCGGGCCCCGAAUGAUGAUAUCUCUGGGCAUGUUCCCGUGCGCCAUUUUGACAAUCAUCUGCCCCUUCUUGGCGCGUGGCAGCCCAUAUCUUUUGUUGGUUGGGCGAAUUCUGAUCGGAAUGGGAGAGGCAAUGAUGUACCCGGGAAUGCAGUCGCUAUGGGCAAGAUGGUCGCCACCACACGAGCGUAGCCGAUUGGUCGGUUUUGCCUUCGGAGGUUCCCAGCUCGGCAAUGCGCUCACGUUCCCGCUGGCGGGUCUCCUGUGUGCGUACGGCUUUGACGGUGGCUGGCCGUCCGUGUUUUAUAUCACAGGACUGGUCAGCCUCCUCUGGUGCUGCGUGUACGCCUUCUUUGCACGGGACAGCCCCGGCGCCAUGCCCUCCAUUAAGCCUAUUGAGCGCCAGUACAUCGAGACCUCGCUCGGGGUGUACGGCCAGUCGGUGGAAGAGCAGCUGGAACAGCGGAAACAAGAAAAGCCCUGGAAGGCUAUUUUCACGUCGGGUCCGGUGUGGGGUAUCUUGCUGGCGAACGCCUGCGGAAACUACGGAUCCUACAUGCUUCUCACUCAGAUGCCGUCCUACAUGAAAGAAGUGCUCAAGUUCGACAUUACAUCGAACGGAGCCUAUUCGAUGAUUCCUUACCUCGUGUUCUGGAUUUUCAUCCUCAUCGGAGGCCAGAUCGCAGACGUUUUGAUCACUAAGAACAUUCUCAGCAUCGAGUGGACAAGAAAAUUAUGCUGCGCUUUAGGAAUGGUAAUCCCUGGCAUUUUCCUCGUGCUCACCGGAUACAUGGACUGUCACCGCAAAGUGGAGGCCGUGAUACUUCUGUCUCUGUCAAUGGGUUUUUGCGGUUUCCAGUUCAGUUCGUUCUUUAUCAACCAUGGCGAUAUAGCGCCCCGCUACGCCGGUACGAUUUUCGGGUUCACGAAUACCGGCGCGAGCAUUCCCGGCAUCCUCGCGCCUUACAUCGUCGGUGCAAUCACGAAAAAUAAAACUCGAGAAGAAUGGCUCCUUGCGUUCUACAUAGCGGCAGGUGUCCAAGUACUUGGAGCUAUCAUAUACGCUAUCCUGGCUAAAGGCGAGGUUCAACCAUGGGCGAUGGAAGAAAUGGAGGAGAUGCCGCCAGAGGGCGUGCCGCUACAAGAGAUUCCGGAGCACGAUGACGAAGAAGAGGAGACAAACGGGAAGUGAUUGUCUCCCUUUGUAUUUGAUUAUUGCCCUUAGUAUCGGAAGCAGAGCGAAACAUCAGCCUUUUCUUCAAAUAUACUUCAUGCAUUUGGGAAGAUGUUUUGAUCGUUAAUAAGUGUGGCCAUUUUUUUGUGCAAACAAGUCUGGGGAAGCAGUUGAACGGAAAAUACUAUGGACUACUUUUUGCGUAUAAAUAAAUCAUGUGGUACGUUUUAUUGUAAAAUAGUGCGGACUUUUUUGUAUAUUCAAAUACAACCGCGCUUGUUGAGUUUAAUUAAUUUGGACUAGCAUGAAUAACAGUGUAUAUUGUGAAUGUUGAUUAUAAAAACAUAGCCAUAUUAUAUACAUAAAUGUGUGAGAUUGUGUAAUUUUAACAUCUGAAGCAAACAUUAUAACAUACUGAUGGCGAUCAUCGGCUGUCAUUGACGUCAUCAAUGCGUAUGAUAUUUAUGUUUUCAAUGCUUGCCUUGAAAGUCGUGAAUGCCCUUAGUUAUUGUUCAAAACCCAUAGUGGAUUUCCAUUGUAAGUACCCCUGUGUCAAUUUCUAUUAUAUAUUUUUAAUUUAAAGUGGUCGUAUAAUAUUGUAUACUAUAUUUUGCUAAGUGUGGGGAUGAUUACUGUAUAUUGCAUUCGUAAAAUGCUAUACUACACUUUAUUUUAACGGCUGAUUUACAGCUGAAGUUUCCCUUUGUUUUAAUAAAAAAACAAAUUUCUUACGAUUUUAAUACACAUUGAGUAUUUCGUAUUGAUCUGUGAAAAGUAUGUCCAUGUUCCUUUUAAACAAAACGAACUUAGAGUUUGCUGAUAUCAAGCGUUACGCGCUAGUAACAGUAAGGGGAUGUAAUUACUGACAAUAGUUUGGUAACGCGCUAGUAACAGUAAGGGGAUGUAAUUACUGACAAUAGUUUGGUAACGCGCUAGUAACAGUAAGGGGAUGUAAUUACACUCAAUAGUUUGGUAACGCGCUAGUUACAGGAAGGGGAUGUAAUUACUGACAAUAGUUUGAUUUUGCAUGAUCUAUUUAUGCCUCAAAUUUGUAAUACCCUGUGCUGCGCAAAAGUAUCACGUGACUAUGACGUGCCAUAGUACACUAUUUCAAUUAGCAUACAUGUACUCCGCCGUGAAACUUUAAAAUAAUAAAUUGUUUAAUGACUGUUUUGCUUUUUAUGAUUCGCUCAAAAUUAUUACAUUGAACACAUUAUUAACAUAGUAUGUCAAUUUUGCAAAUGAAUGUAGUUGAAAAAAUGAAAUCUCCGACGUAAAUUAUUCAACAGUACUUCUGUGCGAUUAGUGAUUUCUUGUUACAGCCAAAUGUUCUGGUAACUAUACUUAUUCGCACUUGAAAAACUAUAAAUGACUAUUAUAGUAAAAAUAAAUGAAGUUCAUUAAAUGGCCAUGUUGUUUCCAUUAUUGUAUAAUUUUAUUUCUUUUUUUAUUUCUCGAACUAUUGUUUUUUGCUGGUGCAUUUUUUGUUUGAUUUUAAGUUAGAUUAGAAGCAACACGUUUUAUCGAUCUUGUUGUUUAUUUUUAUGUAGACUAAAGAAAUGUUGCGCUCUUUUUUAUUUGUUUCAAGAACAAAGUUCUAAUCGUUUCAUUUUGUAAUUGCUGUUUCCUAUAUACAUUUUAUGCUUUUUAAUGUUAGAUUAGAAUCAAUACGUCUUAUCGAUCUUGUAGUUUAUUUGUAUGUUGACUAAAGAAAUGUUGCGCUCGUUUUAAUUUGUGUCAAGAACAAAGUUCUUAUCGUUUCCUUUGUAAUCGUUGUUUCCUAUAUACAUAUAAUGCUUUGUAUGCUCCCGGUGGUAUAUUGUUUUGGCCUGUCUGUCUGUCACUGUGUCAGUCAGUCAGUCAUUCAUUGUGUGUGUCCCAAAACUUUAAACUUGGUCACUCAUAACUUUUGCAAUAUUGAUGAUAGCAACUUGAUAUUUGGCAUGCAUGUGUAUCUCAUGGAGCUGCACAUUUUGAGUGGUUAAAGGUCGAGGUCAUCCUUCAAGGUAAAAGGUUUUAAAAAAAUCAAAGCGGCGCAUUAGGGGGCAAUGUGUUUCUGACAAACACUUCUAUUGUUCAUUUUUAUUAGCUCGGCUGUUUUCGGAGAAAACCCGAGGUAUUGCCAUAGCCAGCUCGUCGUGUCGUGUCCGCCGUCCGCGUCGUGCUAAAACCUUAACAUGUUGUCAAGGUUUUGAACAUUCGCUCUAAAAUCAAAGUGCUUCAACCUACAACUUUGAAAUUUCAUAUGUAGCUGCACCUUGAUGAGUUCUACAUGCCACACCCAUUUUUGGAUCACUAGGUCAAAGGUCAAGGUCACUGUGACCUCUAAAAAAUAAUUCUGACACGCUUUCAUAUUUUCAAAACUGCACCCGCAGCCGAGCGUGGCACCCGCUAUGCGGUGCUCUUGUAUUUUAUAUUGUGUUGCUGAGUCGGAAAGUGUGAAAAUACCUUAACCCUUUGCAUGCUGGGAAAUUUGUCGUCUGCUAAAAUGUCUUCUGCUGAAUUUCUAAAAUUAGCAUUUUCUUCGAUUUUUUUUCAAAGAAUAUUAUCAGAAUAGCAAACAGUUUGGAUCCUGAUGAGACGCCACGUUUUGCGGCGUCUCAUCUGGAUCCAAACUGUUUGCAAAGGCCUUUUAAAUUCGGUUCCAGCACUCAAAGGGUUAAACAUAACCAUAUGUGCAUAAAAACACAAUAAGUUUUAUGGAGAAAAAAAACGAAAUAGUAUGUCUAAAGUCAUUGUAUUUUCAUUGCCCAUCAUGCUAUAAGGAAUGAAAGUUUAGCAAUACAUGCUGUACAUCUAUGCUAUUUAAAGUGGAAAGUUAAAUGCUCUGCCAUUGUUACGUUUUUUGUUAUUGUUUCUUAACACCAUUUCUUCCUUAUUUUCAAUAUCAGCCCUGUUAAUUGUUUUUGAUGUUGUUGUUUUCAUAUGAUGAGUCUAAGUUAUUAAUUAUCAAUAUUGUAUUGAUCAUGCAUUUUUUACUCGUAUACCCGAUACGAAAUGUUUCCUUGCCAUUUAGCAUAUCUUUUUAAGACGAAUAUGUUUAUUUUGCAAACAUUCUCGUUUCUGUCGAGUAUAUUUCUCUCUCAUUUAAUAAAACAAUCUACCCGUCCAUGUUUUUAAGUAGUCUAUUGUUUUAUUUAAUUGUUGAUAAUUAUAUGUUAAAUCGCAUUUUUACUAGAAAGUCAGUAAACGCUGUUAUGACCGAUCUAUGAUUGCAUACGAUAAAUAUUUAUGUUCAUGUAUGUCGACAGUGAGAUUUAUGGUUUACAUUCAUUCUGUGGAAAAACGUGACGUCAACAGAUGGCGUCAUUUAAGUGCGUGUGUGUUUGCUUUAUACCACAGACAGUGUUCAAAUAAUUCUAGAUUUUUCCAAAGGGUACUAUUUCGUUGAUCUUCACGAACACUGCGUAACACUGGACCCGUGUGCUUAACCCAUUAAACCGAUUCAGAAUUCAUUACGUCUUUAUCUUUAAAAAAAACAAAACAUUCAAUAUAUUCAUCCAAUUUGCUGAUUAGUAAUUAGACAUGUUUUAAUAUUUUUAAUAGUCUUGUUUUGUGUUAUUGGAAAUAUAUUUGAUAAAAAAUA